GCACAAACUUGACAUGCAACCUGCCGGUGUCAAAGCAGCCAAAAACCCAUCAAAUCCCCGAACUAAAAGCGAGCCAACCUCAGAGCAGCUCUAUGAAUGAACUAAACCUGCUACUGAGGCACCAGAUUAUUAAGGGCUCGGACGAUUUGCCCCUAAAUUACUCAAGGAACGUGCCGCAAGAAACGUUCUACCAAGAGGAAUAUUCCAGCAGUUUUGUGUUGCCGAGAAAAGCCGCUUUCCACGAUUUGCUGUUCGAGGAGCAAUGCGAAGGGUUGAAGAUCGAGCUGGCCACUGUCCAGCUGGAGGAAUCUUCGGCACUGGAGCAGCACCGGAUGCUGAUCGAGUCUUAUAACAUGUUGGAAGCAUUGGGUGACGACCUGUUGAAUCACAUCGACUGUGUGAGUUUGGAGGUGAAAUCCUCCAGCCGACUGUCGUUGACUCUGAAUUCUUUCGCGGUGCGUGAACAGUGCAUGGACGAGCAGAUUUCCAGCAAUCUAAAACAGUUGCACAGCAGCUACGAGCUGUCCACACUGGAGCGAUUUAAACGGCAACUUUUAAUGAUCCUGAACGAUAACAAUUGCAACGUGAAAAAACUCUACGGCGAAUUCCAAGAGAGGCAGAGCAAUUAUAAGUUGGCACUGAAGAAUUUCAAAAUCAUCCUGGAAAUUUUGAAUGUAAACGACGACUCGCUGAAGAAACUCAAGCAGCAAUUUGACGAAGUUUUAAUGGAUUAUCAACACUGCCGCUGCAUUCUCGACCAUGAGCUGCCAUUUGCCAUUGCCGAGAGGACGAAAGUUUUGGCCGAUUGUUUGAUUUCCCUGGGAGCGGAAUAUGAUAUGCUGGCUGAUAGGCGCAAAACGCUGGCCAGCUUGUGCAGAGACAUUGGACGGAAAGUUCAGGAUAAUGAGUUCAUUUUGGUCAAGAAGGAGCUGAAUAGUCCGCGCUCUAGUGAUAACGAUUAAGCCAGUGCCAUAUUAUUGAUCAAGAAACUAAACUGAGCACUCUAUGGGUGUGGAUCCUUUUACACUUCAUACGCCAUAGCAUUAGCAGGAAACGACCGCUGCGGAAUCACAGUUUCUUGAUCCUCUGUUCACAUUUUAGCAAAUAAAGUGGUUGAAUGUU